CAGAAAGAGACAAACUGUGUCACCGAUAAGUCUUGACCUGUCCUCAAGUAAAGAGGAACAUUGUGAUCCAGAGUUUGAUACAAAGGCUGCUUUAGAAGCAUUUGGAAAGAAAGGCAGUCUAGACCUUUCAGGUGAUGAGAAAAUGCUCUUGUUAGAUAAACUGAAAGUGGAGCCUUCCUCUCAAGUACAUGGAACAGAGAGAGUCUGUACUGAUAGUGAUGUUGGUAAGCUUCCUUCUUCAGAGGAAUUCAACAGUGGUGCAACAGUAACAUCAAAACCUUUAGCAGAUGAAGAAACAGGCAACAUAUGCCAGGCUGAUGGAAAAGAACCUGACAAUGACACAAUUGUGGCCAAAGAUACCAGUCAGAUUAUUCGUAGUUGUACUGAUGCCAAAGAAUCUAAACCUACGACUGUUCAAACUAGCACCCAGGUGAAUAGCUGGGAGCCAUUUCAUUCACGGACUGCGUUCAAGACACUUUCAGCCAGAUCCACAAAGUUAACAAAGGCGAAUGAUCUAAAGCGGUCCAGUAAUGUUUCAGAAAAGAAGUCCAGAUUUUCUUGCAGUACACAUAAAACAUUUUGCAGGUUUUGUGGUAGAGAUAGGGGAACAUGCAUACAUAUGCUUCCCAACCGGUCAAAGUUGGAGAUCAAAAAGAACAGAGGCAAAAUAAUGUCCUCUGGAAAGAGGUCAAAGUCACAACAUAAAGCCAUGUUGUCAGGUGCUAAGAAAAAACUUAUGGCGAGGUCAAAAGCACUUCGGCUUGCUGGGAAGUCUGAUAAGUCAGGUCCUAAGAAUGUGCACCUGUUGAUGUCUUUGAAUGAGGCCAUGUCCUUACAAGUGAAAGAGGAAGAACCUAGUGGGAUGAACUCUGAAGAUGAACAUUCAAAAUCAGGAAAGAUUUUUGACUUGACAAAGACAGCUACCAGUUUCAUUAAGUUGGAAAAGCAGGAAGGCCUUCAUGAUGCAUUAUCAAAAUCCAGUGAGACAGCCUCUGAUGAUGCUGGACAGAAAUCAUCUGGCAGCAGUUUAGUUUUAAAGUCUGCUUCAGAGGAUAGUCAGAAACUAGGAAAUGUAAAGACAAUGAACUCAGUCCCUCCUGAAACCUCAAUAAUCCACAUGUCACAAGAGACCGGAUCUCGUCCAAAAAUUACAGUCAUAAGGAAGGAGUCUCCAGAAUUGGGAAAGAGCAUUGCAUCAGGAUACAGGACAAUUGUUCUCCCACCUCAGGCAAAGAUUCCUGUAGCACUGCUGCAGUCUUUGAUCAAAACUGGGGGUACUUCUCCCACCAAAAUAGCUGCUGCUGCAGGUGAUAAAGACCAGAUGUCCGGGCUGUCCCCAUCAGGCAUAGUUGCCUCCUCCAAGGAUGUGACAUUGGUUUCAAAGGCUUGUUUGCCUGGUGGAAAAAAUACUCGCUUUAUUCUGGGCAUAAAAACCUCAGAAGCUGCCCCCAUUAGCUCAGCAUCAAGUUCAAGCAAGUUUCCUGGUCGAGUGCAACUGGUGGCAGUCAUUCCUCCUAUUGAUUCAUCUCAUUCUGACUCCAGUGUCCAGUCAACUGCGGUCAGGCUGAGGACCUCUUGUGGCAGAGACUCAAGCAUUCCAGAGGAAGUUGAAUCUUCUGCAAGCCUACAGUUGGCAAAGAUUCAGGAGGAGCUGGGUGUUGCUGCAAAUGCAAGCACAUGCACUGCUGUCGAAGGUGCCACCUCACAUUGCAUGUCCCCAUUUGUAUCAGCUCCCCCUGGUGAUGAUGUUGGGCCAGGUUCACGGCGGUCAGCACGACGUCAGCCCCAACUGCCUGCCAAAUACCGCGAUCCUCAGCUGCUUCUGCCCAGAAAAUACAAUAAUUCUACAACCAGUGCCUAUGAAGACAUUGAAAAAUUAAAUAGCAAACGAGUAUGAUUGCCUGUGAAUGAUGGUGGUGUUUGAGCUGAUUUUCCUUUUGAACCAUGAAACUGUGUCUGCGUGUAUGCAUAAAAAGCCAAAACAUGUUGGCUUGGAAACAAUGUUGUAAAGACUACGAGUUACUCUUUAUAAGAUAUAUUUUUUCCAUGCAUGCUAGUUAGUGUAUUGUAGCAUAGUUCUGGCAUUAUAUAUUUCUAUGGCCUUUCCUCUCUUCAGUUUUUAUUCUGUUCCCAUCUAUCACAAAUACAGUGACGAAAGCCUGUGCUGGGCUCAGCUCUCAUCUUUGGCACGCUGUUCUUUCUCUGCAUGUGCCAUCUGUUUACAGGUCUGGCUAUCUUUCUGUGAUAUAUCCUCGGUUGCUGACUUGGCAUAAAAUACCAACCCCCCUCUCCCCUUUGAUAAAAACCAUUCUAAUACAUAGUGAAAUUUUUUGGGGAUAGAAAAGACAAUAUUUGCAUAGAACAAUAAUUUGUUUGUCGAAGCCUUGUGUGAUUAUGUCUCUUAACACAGUAGCUCUAGUGAUCACACAGUUGUUGACAUCUCUUUGACUUUCUGGACCUGGCUAUAUACUGCAUAAUUCUGACAGCUAUUACAUUUGUGAAGUGAUCAACGGAUGCAUAACAAUUGUAGUCGUGCUUAGUCUAAGCGUAUUAAGCACAUGACUUGCAGAAGUUAUUGUAAAGUAGUAUUUGAUUAUGUAGUAGGAACUAGGAUCAUGCAAAUUUAUGAACACUUCUUUUGGUUAAUUUUUCUUGUGCAUUUAAAUACGUUGAGAACACAAUCUUGACACUUCAAAAGUUACCUAUAUAUGCACAAAAAUUUUCAGAUACCACAUAAUACAAAUGUACUGUAAAUGAUAUAAGGAUAAAACAAAAUUAAAGUUAAAAUUCCAACUUUAUUGGAAUUAACAUUUUCACAGCACUUUCAUGUAAAUUGAAAUUAGAUAUAUCCUAACUUUUACAAAAUUGCUAUGUUCACAAGGUUGCACAAAGUGUAUGAUUAUCAGAAUGUCCAGUCUGGUUGGUCCUAAAGACUUGAGCACAAAUCACUUUCAAAAUCAUCAGCAGUCAGUAUAACCAGGAAUGUCACUCAAGAAACAGGAUGGUCAGGAUUGUUAUGGAUUCUCAUUUUCACUUUCUCCAUUCAUCUUGAUCUGCCUUGUGCUUACACUCAUUCUUGGCAUAAGCCUUGGAUCUAGGUUUCCUUUUAAAAAUGUAUGUUUUUUUCUCAUUUAAAAAAAUGAUAUUAGAACAAUAAUUGAAAAUAUAUGCAGAUGCACACUUGUGUGUACACAUUGUAUGGUUCCUCUUACAUUCCUCUUUCAUUCAUUGACUUACCUUCAGUGCUGUUAACAGUUGUAAAAGGGAUAUUUAUAAGAAGAAGUAGCCAAGUCUUACCACUAAGUCCUAUCGGGCUGCUGCAAGUAAGUCCUAUAUGAUAUAAUAAUAAUGUGUACAUGUAUCAUGCAGCAUUACAACCAAGAUAGGUUGCACUCUUUGUGCUGCUAUGGCCAGUGUGGCAAACUGAAGGAAAAGCGUCUUGUUUCUAAAGUUAUGAAAGCAGUGUCCAGACCCCACAUGUUUUACUUCUGGAGCCAUAUUUAUAGAGUGGUAUCAAAGUUUACCUGGGGUAAAGAAACAUGAAUUAGUGUUUGCGUGGUCUGGACAUUGAAAACAAGAUGCUUUUUCUUGCAUUCCCAAUUUUUCCAUAGGGGAAAUGACUUGUUCUUGCUUCAUAACUAUUGCACCUUCAGUCAAUAGGUGGCAGCAAAGUUGAUGGUGUUAGUGCGCCAGAUCCUGUUGAGCCUGGCCAUUGAUGCUGUCAAUGUUGCAGAUGUACUGUUCAGGUGAUAGGAAGCACUCUUGAUGAACACUCAUUGGUGUUAAGAGUAAUGAACACUUUGUAGGGUGCUCUGAUGAUUACUUCAGGCUCAUCUUCUAUGUUGAAUUUUUUGCAGAACAUGCCGCAUCGCUUCAUGCCAGACAUUGUCAGAUUCCUUCUUAAUGUCAAUGAAGUGGUGGUAAUUCUGAAGAUGUUUUUCUGUCAGGAUGGAACAUUGAAGAUCUGUUCAGCUGUUGUCAUGUCUGGUCUAUAGCUUGUCCUGCUAGCAGUUCCUUGAUAGUGGUCUUGAGAUGGCUUAGGAUGGCGUUGAACUUCACUUUGCAUGGGUGGCUGGUAAGGCUGAUGAUUCUGUAGUUUUGUUUGACACUUUAUUGUAUUUCUUGGUAUGAUAAAUGCUUGUGUCCAUUUCAUAGGCCAUUCUUUGCAUCCAUUUUCCAGUAUAUUAAAUAAGAUGUUGACCAUAUUCAGUUGCGUUUUAAAUUACAAGUAAAAUCACAGUUCAGAAGUUACUGUAGAAUUGGUGGCAGUAGUCUACCUUUGUGUAGCAGGUCAUAAUAUGACUGACUCCCUUGGAAAACACUCAAACCACCUGUCACAUAGUAAACUAUGUUUGUCCCAAGGGUAUGUACUGUCCACAUUGAAUUAACUUUUUCUUAAAUUAUGCUUGUUAAGGGAUAACUAAAGCAUUGCUCUCUUCCCUGUGCAUAGUUGAAAAUUAUUGAUCUUAACUAUUGAUAGUACUUUAAAAAGGAGCAAUUUAUAAAAAAAAAUAAUUGUGGGGGUUAUAACAAUCAGCUUGUUAUAGAAAGUUAAGAUUGUGAUCAUUUCUUCAAUGUUUUUUAAUGAUUUGCUGGUUAAAGACAUUAUGAUGGUGUCAAAAAAUUGAUAUUUCACAAAAAAACACAGAUCAUUAAUAAUACUAUUAGUAAACGAUAGCCAAACUAGUUACAGAAGUAAAAUGUCUUUCAAACACUGAUUUCAACCAAGAAUAAUCAUUUCAGAUUCAUUUAUGAGCAGGACUAUAAAUAAUGGAGUUUCUAAAAGCAGCAUGAUUAAAAUCUUUGUAUAGUCAUGUACAACAAAUAUGUAUUUUUAAAAGAUUUUGGAGGAUAGUAGAAUUAUACAUAAAAUUAUGAGGAAAAACUAUCACAGCUUGAUUAUGGAAUUUUAUUUAAGUGUUUUAUUUUAUUGGUCUCUGUUGAUGAAAUUUGAAGAGAUGGAAAAAAACUUGCUGGUUUUUGGCAGUUUUACUGAUCCAUGAGUAUAUGCAUGGCUGUGAUAUAGCCUUAGUUGCUUGCAUGGAGUAAAACUCAACCAUCGAACCAGGAGUAGAUGAAUAUGAUUAAACUAAAAUAGGGGACAUUGUAUUAUGUCUUAUCCACAUUAAAAGAAAAUGCUGGGGAUAAUAAUUAUAAGAGUUAUAGUUUGAAACAAGUAGCAAUAUCAGCAAAAGUAGAUGCUGUUGAAAAGCACUGGUAACAAUGAAAUGUGCUUACAAAAUAUACAGAACAAUUGUUUUCAGAAUACUGUCUGUCAAUAAAAUAAAUUGCAACAAAAGUGAGCAGACUGAGGUCUCUUUAUAGAAUUUGUAUGAUUUUUACUUUUUAUUUUGUUUUCUGCCUGCAGAAGCAUUUCGAUAAAAUAUAAGCGUAUAAGUAGAUUGAAUUCUGAAGAGCCUACUAAUUUUAAAGAUGAAACAUUUCAUGUGCAAAGGAUUACCAUUUAUUUAUGAAUAUGACCACACGAAUUAAAUAUUGACUUUUACAGAAA